GUUGGUCUUGUCACUAGCCGUCAUGCAUGGAGAUUUCUGCCUGUAUCGUAUCGAGGAUCCGACUACAAAUUUAGCCGACAAAAUGGUGCUCGAAAGUACGAUGGUGUGUGUUGACACAAGCGAAUAUAUGAGAAAUGGAGACUUCAUUCCAACUCGCAUCCAAGCCCAGCAAGAUGCUGUCAACCUCAUCUGCAUCUCUAAGACACGCAUUAAUGUGGAGAAUACCGUCGGGCUCAUAACUCUUGCCAAUGUCAAGGUGUUGGUAACCCUUUCUUCUGAUGUGGCCCGCAUUCUGGCUAGUCUACACCAGACCCAACCCAAGGGGGAUUUGAAUUUCAUUACAGGCAUUCGUGUGGCACAUUUGGCUCUGAAGCAUCGGAUGGGCAAGAAUCACCGCAUGAGAAUUAUUGCAUUUGUAGGCAGUCCAAUUAUAAAUGAUGAAAAGGAGCUGGUCAAAUUAGCAAAGAAAUUGAAAAAAGAGAAGGUCAACGUGGACGUUGUCAACUUUGGAGAAGAUAAACUCAACACAGAGAAACUGACAGCUUUUGUAGAUACCAUCAAUGGCAGUGAUGGCACAGGGUGUCACCUGGUGACCAUCCCACCAGGAACACUGCUCUCAGAUGCCCUGAUGAACUCCCCUGUCAUCGUUGGUGAGGAUGGUACAGGAGCUGUGCCCGGCCUGCCUGGCACAGGGGGAGAAUUUGAGUUUGGUUUUGAUCCCUCCACAGAUCCAGAACUGGCCAUGGCUUUGCGUAUAUCCAUGGAGGAGCAAAGACAGAGACAAGAAGAUCCCUCCCAACCAUCUGAGUCAUCUGCCACGGAGGCUACACCUAAGCCUGCUAAUGCACCAACAGAUUCUGAGGAAGCAUUACUGGAGCAGGCUCUGGCUAUGUCCAUGGAGCCAGACGCUCCUAGUGCCAUGGAGACACCCAUGCCGGACCUCAGCGCCAUGUCAGAGGAGGAACAGAUUGCAUUUGCCAUGCAGAUGUCGCUCACACAAAGCUCAGGGCUGUCUGGACUGAUGAGUGAUAGUGCAGCCAGUGAGAUUCCCAUGGAGACAGACACACCAGCCAGCAUGGAGGGUGGUGACUCUAAGGCUGAAGGGGAGAAUGAGGAUUUCUCCGAGUUGAUGUCAGACCCAGCAUUCCUCCAGAGUGUCAUGGAGAAUCUCCCUGGAGUGGACAUCUCUAGUGAGGCAGUCCGUGACGCCAUGGGAACACUCACCCAGCAACCCCAGACAGAGGAGAAGAAGAAAGAUGAUAAGCCCCCAGAGAAAAAGUGAUGCUGUCUAUUAUCCAUUUAGUCUCUUAAUUUUGUGGGAAUCAAAAUUUGCAACAUAAGUGUGAAGGUAUCAAUCUUCAUUCACAGAAUUCAUUUCGGUACAGUUAAAUGUUGUAUUGAAACAUCUGUUGUUGACAUUUUAAAAGUUACUUCACCUUUGCUUUCAAGUGAUGUAAGAAGUGCCCUUAAUUUGUGAAAUAGCAGCAAAAUCUGAAGCUCUUUUGAAGUAUUUUGAGGAAGCAUGCUGAUGCUAUACAUUUUGUGUGUCCCGUACAUGUGUUGUGUAUUAAAAGUUGACCAAAAAGUGUUGGCAGUAAACAUAUAACUUAUUGCAGUUUAUUAUUGUAAUAGGAUAGCAAAAUUUACAGCGAACUAAAAUAUUUGAGGGCGUGCUCAUUGUUUCAUCUUUGGCUUAGAAAUGCUGACACCUCUAUUGCAGUUUCCUAAGUCUGAACAAGCAUGGAGGGUGGACCCAGGAUUCUGGUAAAACACUGCAUGACUUCAUGUACUGCAGUACAAAUUUGUAAUGUUUAAAGCAACUGACAGGUGUAGGGUUUAAUGUAAUGGUCUGAAAAUUCAUUUGAAAUCAUUGAUAAAUUAAGUAAAUGUUGCAUCAAUCAAUCGGUCAUUGCAAAUGCAUAUUGAUUGGUUACAUUUGGUACAACAGCACUCUAUAUGCACAUAUAUAUUGUAUGGUUUCAUACUGGCGUUUGUGUGAUAAAAUUAACAAGUUGAAAAAAGAUUAGUCCAUAGAUCUUACCAGGAGCUCAUUUCUAGGUUAGUAUCAGAAUAUGGAAAUCCUUUUACGUAUUGUCACUCAGUAAAAUUAAAUGAAAUAAAAAUGACCAUGGUGACCAUGGUGAAUUUCUGUGACCAUGGUGAAUUUCUGUGUGAUGGCAAUUAAGGGAACCUCUCGUGCUUGCCGAGUGCUAAAGUCUUGGUAGUUAAAAGAUCCAGCUGAAUAAACGAACUCUAAUUGCAUUUGAA